AGCUCGGAGGAUAACGUAACUCUGGAAGGUGAUCUACAACUGAGGUUGACUGGAGUGCUGAUUAAACAGAAAGGAGGGUUUCUUCCCCCAUGCUUUUUCCAAGAAGGAAGCAUUUCUACUUAGGAGAGGAGGGUGAACCUUGGCCAAUUACCACCCAGUCAGGAAUGGAUGCCCUGGGAGAGCCAAUGAGUACAAGAGGCGUGGGGUGUGCAGUGCCCAGUUGCUGAAGGAGGGCAACAUAAGGAACCCAGGCGGUGGAAUGGAGAGGACCUCAGAAAGCAUCCAGACCAGGGCAUCCCAUCUAUAGCCACCUGGAGCUUUGAUCUGCUAUCCAAAGGGUCCAGCAUUCUUGGGAGAAAAGACUCUCGCGGAGAUCAACAUUCGAGCUGAAUUUGUGCAACUCUUUCAGAUCAGGUGAGGAAAUUGCAAGAAGUCAGCCAGUUGCACCACAAAUACUACAAAAGAAGACAACGCCUUUCUGAAGAAAGCUUGCUCACUCUUGAGUUCACCAGCAUGGAGAAUUGCAAGAACACCACAGCCGACACCUCUCAAUGCAGCUCCAGUGCAACGCCCAUGGAAUGCUACAUGGUACUUGACAAUUCAGCUCAGACUGUCAUUGCUGUGCUCUGUUGCAGCGUUGGGAGCCUUUGUAUCUUGGAGAACUGUUUGGUGCUAUACCUCAUAUUUUCUUCCCCCAAGAUCCGGAACAAGCCUUCCUACCUCUUCAUUAGCAGCCUGGCUUUGGCAGACACGCUAGCCAGCAUUAUAUUUGUCUGCAGCUUUGUUAACUUCCAUGUUUUCAAUAAGAUUGAUUCAUCGAAGGACAUCUUCUUGCUAAAACUGGGAGGGGUCAACACGUCUUUCACAGCUUCCCUCGGCAGCCUGCUGCUGAUGGCCUUCGACCGGUACAUCUGUAUCCUCAGGCCGACAGAGUACAAAGUCCUUGUCACAAGCAGAAGAGCUGUGGUGGCCCUGGUGAUGCUGUGGAUCACCAUCAUGCUAAUUGCUUUCCUGCCGUUGCUGGGAUGGAACUGUUGCCGCCUGAGCUCCCCCUGCUCUGAGCUGUUUCCUUUUGUCGACAACAAAUAUCUCUCAACCUGGAUUGCCUUGGUGGCCAUCCUUCUGGCAUCUAUUGUCUAUGCCUACAUGAAUGUUCUUUGGAAGGCCCGCAAGCAUGGGGUGUACAUGGAAAAGUACCACAUUCAAACAGGCCAGCAGAACACAAAGGUGAGACUAGAUAUCACGCUUGCCAAGACCUUAGUGAUUGUCCUGGUGGUUCUUGUGAUGUGCUGGUCACCAGCCUUGGCUCUCAUGACUUACAGCAUCUUUGCCGAACUAGACGACUCCAUGAAGCAAGCGUUUGCCUUCUGCAGUACUCUCUGUCUGGUGAACUCUAUGGUGAACCCCGCUAUCUACGCCCUACGGAGUAGGGAGUUGUGCUCCUCCCUGAAAAGAGUCUGCUCCUGUUUUGGAAGACUGCUGGGUGUAUCUGAGAGCAACCCAGAAGUGGAGAGCACUCAGAAGUCCUGCCCAAUCGAAACCAUUUGCGAUGAAUUUGUCACCGGAACAGGGGCAGAACUGAUGAAGGUCUGCACUCCAAAUGGUGUCAAGACUUAUACAUAGAAACUGAUGUUUUAUGCUUUGUUUGAAGGGACUCUAGAGCUUAUUUUCUACAUGAGUUCAACUUGCCCUUUGAGUAUGGCAGCAGUUUUUUUUUAUUGCAAUGAUUUCCCAGUUUAUAGAUCGCAGGAACAAUUCCAUACAAACCAUCAAAUCACCAACAAUGGAUGUCAAGGACAAACAGUAUGAAACCAGGGCCAUUAAAGUGGUCCACCAAGUCUGACCAUUUGCAACAACAGGGUGGCAUCUGGAGAGUUUAUUUGUUAUUUAAUAAAAAGCAAACACUGUGCAAACACAAACUCCAAUUAUCGUGGGCCAGGAUUGGACACACUCAGGGCUACUCAGAUGGACUAACAUAUUGAUGUGUAUUUUACGCUUUGUUAAAGUUGUUUUUAAGUUCUUUUUGGUUGAUGUUUUAUAUUUGUUGUUAGCCGCCCUGAGCCCAGUUUCUAAACCAGGAAGGGCGGGGUAUAAAUAAAAAUUUAUUAUUAUUUAUUAUUAUUAUAUUAAUGUGGCAGAGCAGAAAAAGGUAGAAUGUGACACUUUGGGAGCUGACCUUAGCUGAAGAGAGUUUGGGAGGCUAAUACACAAAUAAAGAAAUACGGGUGCAAAAAUUGGCUUCCUAAGAAUCUCUGCUUUCAUUUUGUGUAGAUUUAUUUAAUUAAUAACAGGUAUCUAGUCCUUAUGACUGAAAAAAUUAUGCUCAGCAGUAUGUGAUAAAUUUGUGCAGGCAUUUCUGAAAUCCAGAGAGGUCUACAUGCAAUUUCCAGUGGUUGUGGGCAGAGCCUCGCCUUGAAUAGUUUCCUGUCCCUCCCCAUCCACAACAAGCAACAGCUGGAACGAACUACAAUGUGCAAAAUAAAAGAAAACUAUGUUGUGCUGGCUGUAGAUUUUUCUGUUAUUUUUAGUACAGAAUCUAAACCAUCUUACUUCUUGAUUCCUAUACUUAAAAGAACACAUAUCAACUCCUGCUUCCAGAUUUCCAGAUGAAGGAUAGAAAGAGAUAACCCUUUUCAUCAACAAAUGACCAAGGCGGGCAGGGAGUGUGUGUGUAGAAUUGAGGAUUAAUGGGUGUCAGAGGAGGACCUAAAGGGCACCUUUGCUUCCCAGGGCAUAAAGUUUGUCCCCCCUGUUCAAUUGGCAAUCAUGUGUACAUGCGC